CCGCAUUCCCACACUCACUUUACUUCAAAGCUCUACACUGCACCAGCAAACACUUGCGCUCUACCUCCUUCACCUCUCGCAUAUUCCUAUGCACACAGUCCAACAUGGCUGCACAACAAGCGCAGUUCGCUAUCGCCAUCUCGGGUCUGAAAUCUGCGCUUCGAAGAAAGGCAGAACUUACCGACUCCGAUGAUGGCAACCUGCCCGAUAUGGGACGCUCUUAUAAUCUCAAACGCAAAGCUCGGUACACGCGAGAGCCUGGUGCUGCUGGCAUUGACGGUCCUCCGGCUUGGAAAAGAAAAAUCGAACACGGUGGCUAUCACCGAAACGUUUUGGGCUUAAAUCCACUCAAAUUUGAUGCCGAUGGAGAUGUUGUCGAAGACGACGAGUAUGAAGAGAGCGAUCCGGACUUGUCGCCAAAUGAAGACAAUCCAUAUGGCGAGAUCAAGUUAGAACAUCUUCUCGCUCCCCUAACGUCUGCCGCCGCUCUACCAGACCAUCCUAGCAUGGCAGAAGCCUACACUUCGAAACACCUGAGUACACUUACCGAAGAAUCUGAGCGCUUGAUGCGCAGAGAACAUGCUUCGCUAUGGGAAGCUAAGAAUGCUCUACAAACAAUAAGAGGCGACAUUACCUGGAUACCAUGCGGCGAGAUUGGAACCGCUUACGAUGAGCUUUUCUUGAAUGCUCCAUACGGUGACUUGUCAAGAACGCGCACCGAAUUUCGUAAUGGUCGAGGCUCCGUAGAUGGAUCAAUACGACGGAAAUCGGACUCGCCAGCACCCAUUCGAUCAAAUGGGCUCGAGCGGGGACUUGCCCAGACCACCAACGGUCAUGUGCACAAUGCGAUCGUUGAUGUGGACAUGGCAGAUGUAAAAGGAGUAGAGACCCCGAAUGACCAUAAGACAGCUACAUCAGACAGAAUGGUUGUUGUGAAGCUCACGAGCGAGGACACCGUCAACGGCACUGUCACGGAAACUCCUUCGACAAUAAGUGGAGCAGCUGUCGAUGGUGAACAACCGCAAGAAUCAACUGCUCCAGAAGGCAGUAAUCAGGCUUCGCCCGCAGACGAUGCUGAUGACGACUCCGGCUCACAGCCUACACAUCGUAUGACUACUCGCGCUCGUGCGCAAGUAGAGGAUCCCUCACCCCCUACGACGCCAAAUUCGAUUCCAGCCAUACAUCCAUUCUUCGACUUCCCUACAGAUAUACUCCCUGAUACUGAUUUCGGACUACCGCCCCAAGAAGCAGAAGAAACACGGCAAUGUCUACUCAUCUUUGUGCAAAAACACGAAGAGAUUGUCAGAUGCUCCGAAGAACUAAAUGCUGAUUUAGUCAAGGCAAAUCGCAUGAGGAAAGAUGUGCUUGCUUGGUGUAAAGCAGAGGGCCAUAUUGGUGAAAUGAGCGAUGGCGAGGACUGGUACGACAAGGAGGAAUGGGGUUUAGACGACGACCUAAUAAAGGGACGAGACGAAGAGGAGGAUGAACCGGCCACUGUUGCAAAGAAGACGCGGCAACGUAGGAGGGCAGAUGACAAGUAGGUAAACGCCACAUAAUUCUUGGCCAUGAUUUGGCUCAUAGCGUUUAUCUGCAUGUCUGCCUCAGCUUGCGUACUGCUUUUAUGAUACCCAGGACUAUAGACAGUGUCAACACGAGCU